AUGGGGUGUGUUUCUCUGUGUGUGUGUGUGUGUGUGUGUGUGUGUGUGUGUGUGUUUUCUUAAUUACCAGACAACUUAUGGUAAUGUCCCUGUUUGCGAUGUGAAGUGUGCCAAUGUAUUUUAAAGGCGGCCGCAUACUAGGUUCGGUUUGCUCCUAGCAGAACUCGGCUAGGCGACACAAUCGUUUGUGCCUCACAUACUUCUUUAAAAGACCUUUGCUUGAAAAAUGAGAAAAGCGUUAGUACUGUUUGCCCCAUUUGAGACACCAUAUUAAUAGCAUAGCCAGUAUACACUUUCUCAAAAUAGUCCCAAUUAAUCUAAGAUAAAUCAAGAAAUCUGUAAUCAACUUUCAUGUUUGAGGUCUUAGUCGUGCAAUUUUACAUUUAACUAAGAUGUUUCGUACAGUAUUUCCCAAGUUAAAAAAUGUGCAUAAAACACUAGUCUCUCGUUGAAUGACGACAAACAUUUAAUUGAAGAAUCCCAUCCAUAGUUCCCACUCCUAGGACUAGUACUGUUGACCAAUCACCGACAAAUGGUCGUAGACAGGGCCUAAAACUAACUGUUUUGUAUACCAGCCACUGUGGCAGGUAGAUAAACAAAAUAUUAUAAAAACAUCUACCAGCCACUGAUAUUUUUUUAACCAGCCCAAAUAUUUUUGUUUGCCAUAACUACACAAAGAAAAAAACUGAGCAUGCUAAGGAAUGUUUCUAAAACAAUAAAUGUAUUACUAGUAAGAAGUAAUGUGGUAUAUUGCUCAAUUUAAUUUAAUAUUCUGUGACCUGAGUAUUUAAAAUAAAUAUCAGAUACAAAAAUGUUUAGCUACCCUUUUUAGGGUUACCUUGGUGACAGGGCCACUUGAGUCAUCACGUGCGAAUGUCACCAGUAGAGGCCGACAAUUUAUCUUUGCUAGCAUUGGGAACAAACUCAAACAUUGAUAAGCAACCUAGCUUUUGAACAAACAAUGUAAGUAGCCACGAAACAUGAGGACAAUGACUCACUUUAGGAGACUUUCAAGUUAAUUAGGUUAACAAUGUGCCCAUUGCUUCUAAAAAUGAUGAUUUCAGCACUCAGUCCCUCAGACAGGCAGUGUUGCUGUGCAAGGUGGGAUAGCUAUAACGUUAGGAUUCAGAUUUCUUUGUGCAUUACCAGAUAUAAAACAAAACUGAAGAAAUACUUUGAAAACAACUAUAAAUUACAGCUCGCACUUGUGCCCAUACUUUUUUAUUAAAUGCUCACACUGUAGAGCCCGGAGAGUUACCACACGCCAACGUGGCUGGUGAGUUUGACAUCCUUACCCGCCAGUGUCAAUCUACCCACGUUUGGCGGGUGUUUUUUAAUUUUAGGACCUGUUUGUACUUUGGCUACCAAACUUCGACAGCCAAAAUGAACAAAAACCUCAACUUUGUCUUAAUAUAUGCUUGAACUGUUUUGACUGGAAAGCAAGCAUGCAAAAGGCUUAAGCCUCUCUCUUGGUUAGAACUGAUUGUCGGCAGCCAAGUUAGUGAAAGUGGGCCGCAACAGUGGGACGUUUGCGUCCAUCGGUAAAAAUAGAUAUUUGCCAAUGAUUUACCACGUUUGCCCAGGAUUGAACUUGAUCUUGGCUAGAAUGGCUACUGCAGCCAGCUGUAGUUCAGCUCAUUGUACAGUCGUGGUCAAAGGUUUUGAGAAUGACACAAAUAUUAAUUUUCAUAGUCUGCUGCCUCAGUUUUUAUGAUGGCAAUUUACAUAUACUCCAGAAUGUUAUGAAGAGUGAUCAGAUGAAUUGCAAUUAAUUGCGAAGGCCCUCUUUGCCAUGAAAAUGAACUUAAUCCCCCCAAAAAACAUUUCCACUGCGUUUCAGCCCUGCCACAAAAAGACCAGCUGACAUCAUGUCAGUGAUUCUCUCGUUAACACAGGUGAGAGUGUUGACGAGGACAAGGCUGGAGAUCACUCUGUCAUGUUGAUUGAGUUAGAAUAACAGACUGGAAGCUUUAAAAGGAGGGUGGUGCUUGAAAUCAUUGUUCUUCCUCUGUUAACCAUGGUUACAUUUACAUUUUAGUCAUUUAGCAGACGCUCUUAUCCAGAGCGACUUACAGUUAAGUGAGUGCAUACAUAAUUUUUUUAUUUUUCAUACUGGCCUCCCGUGGGAAUCGAACCCACAUCCCUGGCGUUGCAAACGCCGUGCUCUACCAACUGAGCUAAAUCCCUGCCGGCCAUUCCCUCCCCUACCCUGGACGACGCUGGGCCAAUUGUGCACCGCCCCAUGGGUCUCCCGGUCGCGGCCGGCUACGACAGAGCCUGGAUUCUAACCAGGAUCUCUAGUGGCACAGCUAGCACUGCGAUGCAGUGCCUUAGACCACUGCAAGGAAACGCGUGCCGUCGUCAUUGUUUUGCGCAAAAAGGGCUUCACAGGCAAGGAUAUUGCUGCUAGUAACAUUGCACCUAAAUCAACCAUUUAUCGGAUCAUCAAGAACUUCAAGGAGAGCGGUUCAAUUGUUGUGAAGAAGGCUUCAGGGUGCCCAAGAAAGUCCAGCAAGCUCCAGGACCGUCUCCUAAAGUUGAUUCAGCUGCGGGAUCGGGGCACCACCAGUGCAGAGCUUGCUCAGGAAUGGCAGCAGGCAGGUGUGAGUGAAUCUGCAAGCACCGUGAGGCGAAGAGUUUUGGAGGAUGGCCUGAUGUCAAGAAGGGCAGCGAGGAAGCCACUUCUCUCCAGGAAAAACAUCAGGGACAGACUGAUAUUCUGCAAAAGGUACAGGGAUUGGACUGCUGAGAGUCAUUUUCUCUGAAUCCCCUUUCCGAUUGUUUGGGGCAUCUGGAAAAAAGCUGAGCGCUACCAUCAGUCCUGUGUCAUGCCAACAGUAAAGCAUCCUGAGACCAUUCAUGUGUGGGGUUCCUUCUCAGCCAAGGGAGUGUGAUCACUCACAAUUUUGCCUAACAACACAGCCAUGAAUAAAGAAUGGUACCAACACAUCCUCCGAGAGCAACUUCUCCCAACCAUCCAAUAACAUUUUGGUGACGAACAAUGCCUUUUCCAGCAUGAUGGAGCACCUUGCCAUAAGGCAAAAGUGAUAACUAAGUGGCUCUGGGAACAAAACAUCGAUAUUUUGGGUCCAUGGCCAGGAAACUCCCCAGACCUUAAUCCCAUUGAGAACUUGUGGUCAAUCCUCAAGAGGCGGGUGGACAAACAAAAACCCACAAAUUCUGACAAACUCCAAGCAUUGAUUAUGCAAGAAUGGGCUGCCAUCAGUCAGGAUGUGGCCCAGAAGUUAAUUGACAGCAUGCCACGGCGGAUUGCAGAGGUCUUGAAAAAGAAGGGUCAACACUGCAAAUAUUGACUCUUUGCAUAAACUUAAUGUAAUUGUCAAUAAAAGCCUUUGACACUUAUGGAAUGCUUGUAAUUAUACUUCAGUAUACCAUAGUAAUAUCUGACAAAAAUAUCUAAACACUGAAGCAGCAAACUUUCUAAAGACCAAUACUUGUCAUUCUCAAAAAUGUUGACCACGACUGUACACAUACACCAUCUUCUCUCAAACCAGCCUCAAACACUUUUUAAUGCGUUUCGGUAUUUAUCUUCUCUGGAAACUAUGUCCCCCACAUCAACAAGUAGGAUUUCAGGGUUUUGACUCACUCUCUAAAGGAAAGUGAUGUGUUUGCCAGAAGAUAUUUAAAGAUUUGUCACGUGGUAGCCAGACUUGUAAUGUUUUUAUAGUAAUUUUAUGUGUGUGCCCUAUUUGAAGGGGAAAUACCCCUUUUCAACACACCACACACACUAUCAUCCGAGACGCACUUUACCUGCACGUUAAAUACAGUGAAAGCAGAAUGAUAACCUCAGCCAGUUUCUGCUGUCCCCCUCCUAAAAGAACAGAACCACUUAAUUUCACCAGUCGGUGUACCAUUUCCUGUAGUAGAAGGCAGCACCGUCAAAUGAACUAACAUUAAACUGUCUCCCCUCCAAUCCAAACUUUUUCCUGCUUCCCCCUUCUAGCCCCAGCCAGCCCCUCAUCUCCUUGCAUGCAGAGCAGGAUGAAGAUCCUCUGAAUACGCCCCCAUGGUUUACACAGCUGCUGGAAAUUUCCUUUAAAGGAAGUGUGCUGCUGGCUGGGCUGGUCACUGACCGAGGAGGGCCACUGGCGGGGACGGGCCAGGCAGGGCUACACCGAGAGGGGUCAUGCUCUGGUCUGGUGGCACUUAUGAAUACUACUUUCUAGGUCCAGGACAGGUCGCAUAAACCAGCUUAGCAUCUGUUUCUAGCUGUAUGACACUGAGACUGACCCUUCACUACUACUGUGAAUGGAAGUCUGGUCUGAUGUCGGAUCUGUCACAUCGUUAUGAACACUGCGUUGCCUCAAGGCUAAAUCUAUUCUGUAGCCCUCUGGUAGAUAUUCAAUUGACUGGUUUUCAAAUGAUUACACAUUUUUGAGUCAGAGGUUAGGCUACAAAAGGCCCCCAUAUAUUCCCAGUAGCAUGCAUGCUAACUGCUCUCCAGUUUUCCCUGUAAUCCAGACCAGUGCUGAUGAUCCCAGUGUAGGGAGAUCUCUACCCUGGGGUCAGGCCCCAGCUAUAGGCCUAUACCACCAGUGUAGGGAGAUGUCUUCCCAGGCCCCAGCUAUAGGCCAGUAUAGGGAGAUUCUCAUUUCCAUGACAUAAGGAUUUAAGAGGCCUUGCUCUCUCCUCUCUGGUAACAAAUUCUGCAACUCCAACUCUGAAUAGCCUACAUCAGCUCUUAUAUCCCUCCAUCCCUCCCUCACCCUUUUUCCCCCCAUCCUUUCUUCAUCUCUCCCUCCCUCCUGCUCUCCUCUGCAAAGAAGCAAACCCAGCUCUGUAGUCUGACUAGCCAACUUGCUCGCUGGUAUCCCGCCAUCCAUCCCUGUCAUUCCCUUCCUUCCCUCUAUCCCUCACUCAAUACUCUCAAAACGAGAGAUGUUUAGUGUUCUGGCUCUUUUUUUAACUGUGACCAGAGAGUUAAGUUUCCUCUCUGCCCAUCAUUGCUGCUGGAUCUGAAUCUCUGUAUCUGAACCAGUUUAUAGACAUUGAGCGCUGAAUCCCAUCUCACUGUAUCCGCUUGAGCCUGCCAUUCUGUCAGCUUAUAGUUUCCCUAAUGCAAGCUGAUUUUUGUUUGAGACCAGCGUAUUUCAGUUUGCUGUUUUCACAAGACCAACAACCCGUCCCUUCUCCACCCAGCUCUCAGUGAGAGAAGUAGGCCCUAAAUCCUGACUUCCGUCCUGAAGAAAUAUCCACAUGGAUGAUCAUAUCCACAUCAUUCCUCAUAACAGCCCGACCGCUAAAACAUUACCAUUGUUAUUGUGAGGUCAGUGUGGCUCUAGCCCUGGCGGAAAACAUUUACCAUUUGAAAGUGUGUUGAGAGAACCUCUUUCUAAAAGGAUUGAGGGAGAAAGAGUGCUCUCCUUUGUGUGGUGUUUCCAUCUCUCGCUCUCUCUCUCGCUCUCUCUGCACACAAAGUGUUUAGUAGCUGGUUAAUUGGCAGUAGUGUGUGGUCGAUCGAUGCUGGGACUAACCACUCUUCUAAAGGUCAGGUCGGUGCACCUACGCACACACGCAGCAGUGUGCCGCGGUCCUCUGUGCCAGCCCAGCGUGUCUCUAGCCCCGCCCCCUUCCACCACACUGAUCCCUUUGUUCAGCCCCUCUCAUUGGCCCCCCGUCCCCACGCCAACCGUUGCUAUGUAUACUGUUAAUGGUGUUGGGUUACCCAGAUGUAUGGAUUGUUCUCUGAAAAUCUGAAUCUGUCCACGAGAGAUUGAGCCGUUAUUUUAUCCAAGACAAAUUUCCUAAAUUAGUUUGUGGUGAGACAGUCACUGUAAAGGUAUGAUGACUAUGCCAGCCUUAGGCUUUCCUCAUCAUAAUAGUCCCUGAUUAGAUUCCUGAAAUGCAGACAGGAAAAUAAUUUGACUAGGAGGAAAGAUAUUCAGCCCUCCUCGCCUGUCUCUCCUUCUCAUGUUAAAUCUUGACACUUCACUUGAGGCAGCUCAAAUGGAUUGAUUUCCUGUUGGAGAAAGUUUGAAUGUGAAACAUUUUAAAGAAUUCUAAACAUUGUGCAGGGUUUAGGAAUCUACAUCUGGAGAUUUGUCGUGUUGCGACUGUCUAGCGUGAAAACAAGGAUUAGAAAAACAAGUACAGUGUGAAAUACACCUCUUGAAAUUAAUCUCCCUCUUUCUCGCUCCCCCUCUUUCUCUAGGUGAAUCUGGUUUGGGGAAGUCUACACUGAUCAACUCCCUCUUCCUGACAGACUUGUAUUCUCCUGAAUACCCUGGUCCCGCCCACAGAAUCAAGAAGACAGUACAGGUAAACACUAGGAUACCCUAUUGAUUUAUUUGUGGUUUAUUUGAAUGGGAACAGAUAAACACAAUGAAUAAACAAUCAUCUGAUGUGCUUAUGUGUUGCACCAUAGCUUGAGCUAAUUUUCAACACCCUACUUCCGUUUCUCUCUUGGAAUACGCUAUCAUACUUCUGUCCCUUUGUAAGCUUAAACGAAUGAGUAGGCUCACCCCCCCUUCCCCUCCCUCCUCUUAACAGGACAUUACUGAGAUAAAUAUUUCAGUUCACUCGCAACGUUAAAAACGCUGUUUCCUGUUGCUUUAGGUGCAGGGUGAUAGCUAGGUAAUCUGUCUCUGUCCUGUCUGACUACCCAUAAGUCCCUCUGUUGGCCACAGAACUUCCCUCUAGUCUGGUAUAUUAUCUGAUGUUGAGGCACCCUGCCAAGUCAGCAUUUUUUUAUAAUGCUGGAGUCUAAAGGAAUUCAUACCAUUAGGUCUAACCCAGAGGUUUGGCCAUAAUCUGACGCAGAGCUGGGUCAUGUUCAGGCGUGACAUAGUAAAUCCUUGUUUUGGACCGUUUUCUUCUAUUUGAACGCUCUUUUUCUUUUUCCGUUGUAAAACAUUUCGCUACGGUGUGCCCUAAUGAACACGACCAUGUAAUAUCUGUUUCUCUGGGCUCUCCUUGAAUGUAACCUUGACAUUGGCCUGGUUAACUGCUGGUGCCCCAGGCUGUGGUAACACCAGUGUGCCCCAGCCAGCUCCCACCCAGCCCUUUGUGUUGUUUUGGGUCAUUGAUGUCACAGGCCCUCCCUCCACUACAUACCAGCUCUCUGACAUGCUGCUGGUGAGGCUUCAGGCUAGGCCACUCUUAAGAGUCGAUACCCUAACAGGGUGUAACAGGUUACCCUGUUACCACCGCUGCCCUGUCUGUCUGUGAAUAGCAAGAGACCUGCAACCAGUUUAUCUACUUGGACUAGGAGGAAUGUCUUUGACUGCAAAGAGAGAGGCCUGCUGAAACCAUACAGAAUAUCAGGUGCGGGCGACUGACUCAUCGACUGGGAAAAGGAAUGGUGUGCUAAACAAAUAGCAACAGGGAGUUUUUGGCUGGAGAGAGAACUAGUACAUCAUUAUAACUGGAGUCAUGCUCCUCUCCUCCUCUCUGUGGGUGUACUAGUACUGACUACUGAGCCAGCAGUUCAUUCUUAGGUCAGGGGAAAUGCGCUAACUGGGCCCCGCUUGAUGGCCGCUGCUGUUAAACUGUAGCCAGAGGCGCGCGCUCAGCUGUAAAGGUGCAGAGCCAGAGGGUCACAUACUAGGGAGGAAAUAUUAGUCCAGGCUGAUGAAUGAGCCCCAGUCAAUCUGGGAAAUCAGUUGACAACCAAGGGGUUAACAACCAGACCACCACGCUACCCUGUGAUUUAUGACACACAAACACACUCGCAAUGUAAUUUUCAUUAAGAGAAGCAGUGGAAUGGUUGAGAGAUAUUAUAACAGUAAAUCUGGUAUUAGGGGUUUUCUUACACUUGUGCUGUACGGCCCAAACCAGUGUUUUGCUAUUGGUGUGGUGGUAGUGGUAUUGACAGCUGACACUGAUUUCCAAGAGGAAGUUGUGCUGUACAUGUAGGCUGGAGUGUCACAUUGAUUUGUGGAAAUUAAAAGAGGGACUAAAGCAGGGGUGGGCAACCUACGGCCUGGGGGCCGGAUCUGCCCCGCGAGCCCAUUCAAUCUGGCCCACGGGAGGUUAAAUAUAUUAUAUAUAAGUAGGGAAUCGUGUGUGUUGGGCUUCUGAGUGCCUUCAGAAUGGGUGGGUAAUGGUGAGCAUAGGCGUCUGUCUGUGUGAGCAUAGGUGACUGUGCAUGCAUUUGGGUGUUUCUUUGUCUGUGCAUUGGAGUGUGUGAGCGAUUGAGAGGCAUGUGAGCAUAUAUGAGUUUGUUUGUCUGUGUGUGUGUAUACUGUAUGUGGGCCAGGUGUGUGAGAACGCUGUCAGCAGUGAUGGACUGGCUCCCUGGCCCGUGGCGGCAGCAGCAGCAUAGCAGAGAGAGACUGAGCCUGCCAAGACCUCAUUCAUGUCUUGGAACAUCUCUGCAUCACAUUAUUUAUGCCACAUGCACCACAGUAUUUAUGACCUAGUUCAGCUCAAUAAGUGUUAAUGUAAGCACUGGAGAGACUACAGCUGGCUGGGUAACUAACUAACCACACUGUAACUCCCUCUAACGGCCCUGUUAGAUGGGGGGGGCCUCCUCAACCACGUUGAGAAAUACUUUUCUUCUCAUGUCCAGUUUUAUCACUGACGCUCAUGUUUCUGAAUAUGGAAUAUUCAAACAUCUGUGAAACAAGUGUCUGUAAAACUUCACACAGUUGUUUUGCAACAUGUCUACACUGCAGACACCUAUUUGUAAAUGGCUGUUUUGCUGAGAGAGCUGCCUGUGUUAUCUGUUUGCUGAUCUCUGAGGCCAGGUUUAAAAGAGCCAAAUGUCAAGUUAAGAGUAUUCCCCUAAAUGUCCCAUCCUGUUGGUUUAUUCUGUUUGGCUUGCAGCUGCCCCUGGCCCCACACACUGGCUGAAGAGCUCUGUCUGUUGUUGGAUCUCAUUUAAUGUGUCAAGUAUGGCCUUCAGGCCAAUUCCUGGUGUUGAAAGCCAUAAACAACCUGCAGUUCAUAUGUGUGCCAAAGGAUUGGCCAUGCACACACAGCGCAGGGGGGCGCUCCAAACAGACUGUUUCCUGUGAUGAUUGAAUGGGUGAUAAAACAUGGGUCUCUUGUCAGAGCUGGGCUGCAUGCCUCUGAGAGAGAGAGAGAGACACACACACACACAUAGUUACUCAUAUUAUGACGCCACACCUCUAUCCAAUGAAAGAUCACUAUUAAUCCCAUAUUCUACCUGGCUUGAAAGUUUCUCAAUAGGAGAAUGAUUUGUCAUUGGAUAACAGUUUGUGAUGUCUUGUACAGGCCAGAGUGGAGUAGCCUGGGUGCCAAUCUCUGUCAUGCCAACAAUUCCAUAAGGAGUUGGCAAGCGAGCAGAAACAGACUGGCACCCAGGCUAAGGUAGGUGAGGAUGCAUGUUUUAAUAGUGCCGAAAUGAUGUCAUUGGGCUCGUUCUGGCGUGCCUGUGGAGGGCGUGAGAGGUGAGGCGUGCCAGGUUUCAGGGCCUGCCAGGAUAAGGUACUCCUACCAGUCUAUUGCUUCCAUAGCUGUGGAAUCCUCAGUCUGCUGGUGAUUCCGUUUUAGUAUUUGUAGGAUUUGAUUAGGAUCCCCAUUAGCUGCUGCUAACGCAGCCGUUACUCUCCCUGGGGUCCACACAAAACAUAACAUGACAUAUAAUACAGAACAUUAUAGACAAUAACUCAAGGACAGAGCUACAUGGAUUUAAAAUAAUAAUUCACACUUUCAUACCCUUAAGUCUUAACAGUCCAAUGCUUAAUAACAUUACACAUACGCCAGCGCAUACAUAAUCUUUUGUUAAUCGUAAUAUGUUAGAGAUACCACCCAGUGGGUCUCUUGUGGUGAAAUGGUAACCUUGGUGUUGUUGUUCAUUAAAAGAAGUAACAUAGUCACACAGCAUUGGAGCCGUUCACCCAGUGAAUGGAGUCCCAUACAUAUGUUGCCUCAGCAACCGUGACAGCCUUGACUUUUCGUUAUAUUUUAGUCACCUCCAGAUAUAGUGGGUUGGAGUGAAGUUGAAGUUAACUUAGUGUAGCUGAACAGAGUCAGAGCCAUUCAUUAAAUGAAAAGGGUCCUAUACAUAAAAUACUGGACUUUCGUUAUAUGUUAUAGUCACCACCAACUGUCAAGUGUAACUUGGUGGAGCUGCAUAAAAACAGUCACACCGGGGCGGAGCCAUUCAUAAAAGGAACUGGGUACAUCAGUUUCCUCCAGCUAAAGCCUACUCUAGCUAACGUCGUGUGAAGAAAAAGACAGAGACCUAAAUCUAAUAUCUCUCUCUUCCCAUCUCUCCACUGUUUCUCUUACAGCCUGUUUAAGUUCAGUGGCAUGGGCACAUGUUAUCUUUAACUCAAACACCAGAUGUUCUCGGGAGAGAGCGGAGUGGAUUUUCUUUUUUGGUCAGUAAGGAGAGGCAUUGUGUUGUGAGGUGCUGUUUUUAAUUAAAAAAAGUGUGUGCUGUUUGCUUGAGUGAUUUGAGAUGGCAGGACGUUCCAGGCAGUCAUGGCUCUAUAUAAUAUUGUGUGUUGCCUUGACCUCGUUUUGGAUUUUGGGACUGUGAAGACACUUCUUGAUGCAUGUCUCUGAUGUUAGGAAUGUCUGUCAGAGCUGUAUGUUAGCUGAUUGAAUAGACAGUUUGGAAUUUUUAACACAUUAAUAUUUCUUGCAAAAACAAGAUGUGAGGCAGUCAACCUCUUCUCUACUCCUGGGUUGACUUCCCAGGUUGUUUGGGUCUUUGUUUGUUCAGCACUAGCAGUAAAAGUCCUUACUAAGGGUUCUGGAUCUGAAGGUUGAGGGAGGAAGAGGGGUAGAGAAGGAGCCUGACAAGGAGAGAGGGGGGAAAAAAGGGAGCAGGAGUAUCUGAUCUACUACCACUGAAUGCUAUUAUACCAGUUGAAGAAGAGGAAGUAGUCAUAGUAGUAACAGGAAGUAGUACUGAUCAAUGGUUAGCCAUCUAGUUUGACCUGCUUCCUCUCCUGGGCCCUCGGCAUCAGGUUAGGUGUGCAGCAGGAGUGCUAUCUAGUUUUCAGACUUCAUAGAAACAACCCUCCAUGAAGGUUUAACCACAUUGUAUUGUACCUCCCUUUUGAAGUUGCAGGAAAGUGAUCCCGUUUCUGUGAAUCACAGCCAAUAGAAACAUGGCCUCUGCCUCGUCCCCCUCAGCCUGGGUGUGUGUGGUAUUCCAUGCAUUUUAAGGGGCUUCUCUUGACUUGUUUCAUCUCAUGUGUGAUUCCUCUCAACACUACAGUCUAAAUCUCCACUAAGCCCAGCACCCGCCAAUUUGUUUACCUGCGAAUUACACACCCUUAAGCACUUAUUAAAGUUUCAACGAGAUUAGUGUGUGUGAGUGCAUUUGCUCUGCUUCUUUUGGCUUCAAUAGUAAACAUUAUUCCAGAGGUUUCCUGAUAAACUUGUCUGGGUCAGGAUCCCAGAAGGGAAGAGUAGCUAGUGGGAACUCUACGCUUGUUUAUCCUAGAGGAAUAGGGGAAGAAUGAAGAAAGCAUUCCUUUUUAAUUUUUCCCCUCCUCCCUCUCUCCAGGAACCACAAACUGAGAUUUCACAUAAUUGUGGUGUCUUUUGUUUCCCAGUCGAGCCAGAGUGAUGUGAUGAAACCCUAUGGAAUGCAUUGGUUGGGUAAUGAACAACAGACCCUCCAUGAUCCAUCCAGAUCUGUUCAGAGGCCUGAAGACCUUGGGGUGAUGAGGGCUAUGCUAUAUUGUUUGUGUUAUUGAAGGGACGGGGCUAGCCUGGUCCCAGAUGUGUUUGUGCUGUUCAGCCGACUUUAGUGCUCAUUGCCACCGACCGACCAUAGGAGUUGGCUGAACAAAUCUGGACCAGGCUAGGGCAGGCGUAUGUGUAGGUAGUUAAGAGCAGAUGGAGAGGGGCGACGAGGCUGGCGCUUAGCGUGCUAAUGUCUGUCUGCCAGCCUAAUAUCCUCAUGUGACACAGCUGAGCCAACCAACUGUAGGGGAGGAGAGGAGUGUGGCGAAGCGGUCAGUGUUGGGGUUCCUCUUCCCUGUCUGUCUGUGAGCUCAUUGUGGUCAGCCACUUAGAGGCAUGACUGUGGCAUGACUCACUCUGUUGAGGAGAGAGGGAGGAACCGAGAGGGAGCAAGAGAGAGGAGAGCGAGCAGGGGGGGGAUAAGAGGGGGAAAGGGGAAGAUAGAGGGGGUAGGGAGAGCGAGAAGGAAGAGAGAGGAGGGAGGGAUUAAACUUCUGUUUGCAGAUUCUUUCCUAGAUGUUUACUCAAAACUGAUCCUUCUCCUCUUACCAUUACACUGUUUAGUACCAUCUCUAACUCAUUCCAGACAGGGAGGGGUCCAUGUCGUUGUUUUUAUCAAUUCAGCAUCUCACACUAGCAUCUGCCAUUCAUGACACUGUAAAGGGCGCAGUCAGUUGAACAGCAUGAAUGUAGUCCCGUGUAGCUCAGUUGGUAGAGCAUGGCAUUUGCAACGCCAGGGUUGUGGGUUCGAUUCCCACGGGGGGCCAGUAUGGAAGAAAAAAAAUAUGUAUGCACUCACUAACUGUAAGUCUGCUAAAUGACUAAAAUGUAAAUGAAACCAGUUUUUUUUUUAAUGCCACUGUCAAUCAUCUAUGCUAUGAUGGAGCCUGAGAAUAUAUCUGUAACCAGUUUAGUUUUAGUUACAACAAGACUAGAUGAGAGGUAGGGAGCGAGGGGAGGAGAGGGCAAAAGAGAGUGGGGAAGGAGAGAGGAAAUCCUACUGGUGCUUAGAGGAUCUGGUUGAGGUCUAUGAAUCUCCACCACCACCAGUAGCCAGCAGCAGCUGGGGUUAGCGGUCAGGAAAGGAGACUGGAGGAUAUCAAUGUGCAGUCUGGAUUCCUGUGACGGAAGGUCACGGAGGUCAGGGGCAGCACCACACACACUUUGAGCUGGAAUGAACAGCCGCGUUCUAGUAGGGUUUAAUGGAUGAGGAGGUCAACGUUUCACACGCCGUAAAGAAUCCUCCGGCCCACCAGCUCCAGGUGUCAGUGUCUGGCUAGGGUGGGGGGACAGACUUGUCGUCACGCUGCCCUAUAAAAAGGCACCCACUAAAACACACUAGUUGUUUUCUCUUUUAUUACCUCAUUCUCCUUUAUCGAUGGUCAAAAUUUGUGUGAAUCAUCUAUGGAACCAAAUACCUGCCAAAAGAUUGAACGUACGUAUCGUUAGCAUCAAAAGGAAAUCCAUAUGUAAAUUGUUAGGAUCGUAAGAAAAGCCACGCGUGAAACAUGAAAUGUAAAUGUUAAAAUAGAUCUGUAAACGUACAAGCCCUAUGUUACGACAAUUCUUACUUUACGUCUCCCUUUAUUCGGUUACAGAUAUUUUUUAUUCGUAAAACUUUUGUUAGUAAUGUGGCAUCUGCAAAGGACAUGAACCGAACGUAGCUAGUCGAAGUUAGCUAGUCAAUGAAGCAACUCUAGCCAAGAUGUUAGUCGCUUCCGGUUUCAUUUCCAGAAUAAAAGUCUAGAACUUGUUUUAGAACUGCAUUCAAUAAAGACGUUAUACUAGUAGAUGACGUAGUAUAGGCUUGGGCCUUCAGCAAAUGACUUGUGUGAGAAUGAUAGACACAGAAGAGCCUUGUCUAGAAUAACCGCCUGAGCUGCUGAAUAGAAAGUAAAUAUGAUUUUUAGGCCUAUUCCACUAUCUAAAUAUGCCAUGCUGUUGUGGGUUAUUUAAUGGCCAUAUAAUUGCAUUAUUUAUUUUUAUAGCUGCGUGGGGCUACUGUGGUGAUCAUGUAACCUAAUGAAUCACACCUUUUCCAGUAUUUGGGAGCACAGACUGUAGGCCUUAUAUUAUAUUUGCGAAUUCCACUCGGUAUGUAGGCUUGUUAUAGCCACUUGCGUUGCACAACCCUAUCACGCAGAGGCUAAAUCCAUAUCAAUAAAUGAGACAAAACAAAAUAUUGAUUUAAGUCUUUUUGCUAUAACCUGUCCUGAGCUAAAUAGCCAAGGGGUCCCAAAUGGUCAAGACUAUCUAUAACCUAUUCUUAUUGGCAGAUCUGUUUUCCCUAUCAGCCACUGCAUGUGCUUCUUCAACUAUUUUGUUUAACAUGUAUUUAGAGGCUAUAUUUAGAGGCCUGUGAGCUAGGGUCUCUUUAAGGGGAGCCCUAUAAUAAAAGCAGUUAUAAAACACAAAUAGAGUUAUACAAUUAUUACACAAGAAACCCAGUACCCAAAAUGAUAGCCUAAAUUGUAAUGCCUACAAGUUGAAGGCCUAUUUUUUUUUUUUUUGGAUAGGCCUAAAGUAAACAUAAUUAUUUUAAGUGAUCGGCUAAAGAACUUUGGAUAAUUUUGAAUACACAUGAUUUUCAAUAAACAAAUGGAUGAGACUGUUCUAUUCUCUUUGAUUUAGUUCCUAUUGCAACUCAGACAAAUGACUGAAUGGAUGACAUACUGAACUGAAUGAAAUGUUCAAAUAUGUUGGAAUGACGAGUUGCGUGCUCUGCACUUUAUUUGGCUAGUAGGCAAAUAGGCCUACAUUAGGGUAUAAAGAAUCUGACUGCAUGCCUCCAGAAGGUCAACUUCUGAGGCUGAGGGGUGCUUUUUUGAAGGCGCACGGUGCUGUGGUGCUGCAUGGAGAUCACAAGCUCUUCAACUGGGCGGCAGUGUCGCAAUGGAGGGAAUAGCCUAUACGGAGACUACCUAAGACCACUGCAACAUAGUUAUUGUAAAGUGUGGGAAUAAGCUUAUGCCAGACUUAGCCUACGUUUAACCUCUCCCUUGUUCAUUUCAAAGUCCAUAUGUUCAUGACCUGAUUCAUAUAAAUCAUGUCAAAGUAUUUGAAAUGUAUAUUAACCACUUCUACAGAUUAUGCUUUGGCAAGAUUUUGAGUGAUUUAAAUAAUCAAUAAUUGUUUUAUUUUGAGUGGCAAAGACUCCAGUUGUCGUACAUAAUUCAUAGAAUAAUAGAUGUUUGGUGAAUCCGUUUCAUUAUUCCUGGUAGAUACUCCUGGUUAAGAUUGCAGACAGAGCCCAGAGGAUGGGAUGGUGCAAUAGUGAAUUAGUCAUAUUUUGAUAAGGUGCAUGCAUGCAUGGGGAUGUCUACGUCACCCAGAGAUAUGUCCAUGCUGUAGAGAUGCACCUAGCGGACUGAAACUUCACUGUUAUAGGCAUAAUACAGCUAGUACUAUCUAGACUUGCGCUGGCAAAUAAAUCCAUUACAUUGGCUACCUAAAUGUGAAGUAAACUCAGCAGGAGUAAUGGAAACUUUUAACUUGAAAACGUGCAGGAUACCUCAUUCCGGGUUCCCUGACUUCUGAUUUUUGAAUACUGUGUUAUGCUUGUUCGAGUCGCACUCCUCGCAGGCCGUUUUGGUGUACGUUUUUUUUGUUUGUUGGUGAGAUGAAACUGCCAAAACUUUGAAAGGUAUUAUUGUACGUCAGAAUUGCAACAAUUUGUUCAAGCCUAAAAUGUUAGUCCGUGAUCUUAACAUGGUGUUUGUAUGUUCACAGAUAAUUUUACGUUCAUGUUUCAUGCAUGGAUUUUCUUACAAUCCUAACAAUUUACAUAUGGAUUUCUUAUGAUCCUAGAAAUGUGCACGUUCAACCUUUUUGGCAGGUAUCUGGCUCCAUAAUAUGGAAUAAUUUUAGAACUCUAUUUGUGUUUUAUAACUUUUUAUAAUUUUUAUUAGAAAAUAAGCUCAACUUUUAUAUUGGAAAUUAAACCGGAAGCUGCAAAGCAACUCUAACUUCUGGGCUAGAGUUGCUUGAUUGGCUAGCUAACUUCGACUAGCUACGUUCGGUUCAUGUCCUUUUGCAGAUACCACAUUCCUGACAAAAGUUUGUACGUAUAAAAAAAGAUCUGUAACCGAGUAAAGGGAGAUGUAAAGUAAGAAUUGAACGUGUAAAUGUUCAUUUGUAGUCGUAACAUAGGGUUUGUACGUUUACAGAUUUAAUUUAGCAGUUACGUUUCAUGUUUCACUAAUGGCUUUUCUUACGAUCCUAACCAUUUUACGUAUGGAUUUUCUUACGAUCCUAAAAAUACGUACGUUCAACCUGUUGGCAGCUAUCUGGCUCCAUACUCAGGGCGUUGCUCUGUGUUAGCCAGCCAGGGGGUGGUCAGCCCACAGUGGGGCUGUGUGGAGGAGAGGAAGCCUUUAGCUUGGGCCCAGCGGGUGGAGCGGAGGGAGAGCAGCCAUAACCCAGCCUCAGGCCUAGACCACGGGUAUUAUGUGGUGCUUUCUAAGUGGAAGGUGACGGCUCAGUUUAGCUGCUGAGGUUAAAUUAAAAUGUGCUGCUCUUAGAUAAACUAUGGGCUGCUGGCUGGGCUGGCCUUCUCAAAAUGGUCCAACAGCAAUGGAAUAUAUCAUCAAGUAAACAAAACGAUGGUAAGGGCGCUUAUAUCACCAAGUACAUCCGGUUGUGAGGUGUGUGUGUGUGGAAGCAAAUGAGGUAUAGUAGUGUUUUAUGUUGGGGUCUGUGUACAACUGCUGAAGCAGAGCUUGCUUACUGUACACAGAGUUGCAUUUAACACACACGCGUACAAUGGCUUCCAUUGCAAUCUGAGCGGAACACGGCAGGCCUUCAUGUUCCUCCUGAUUUUAAAUCAUUGAAGUGCAGCUAAUCACAAGGUCUGGUCUGGACCGCCUGCUGGUUAAAGCUCUCUGAUCAGCUAAGAGGCCACUCUGCAAUCUGCUCUGUACACCCCGUACUGGACACUCCAGGUAGGCAGCCAAAUGUUACUAGAGCGCUCUCUGGGUCUAAGGUCAAAUAUCUUCUAAGACCCUGUUGAUGGAUUCAUCCUCAGUCUGCCUGGCUGGCAACCCUCCACAAGUGUAUCUCUAUCUGUGAUUUAUAUUUGGCAAAGCCACAUUUUUUUUUCACCUGGGCUUUUGUAGUUUGAUGGAUAGCUAACUUCUCCAAAAAGACACUUUCUAGAUAAAGAUGAAUGGAAAGGACUGUCAGACCUCCUAACCAAGCCCCUGAGUCUGAGCCCAUCCCCUCAACAGAGGAGUGCUCCGAAGUGGAGAGACUGCAAACUUUCAUGAUUAGCGUAAAUUAGCACAAGUUAUACACGCACUAUGGUGCAACGCAUCGGAUUAUUCUUUUUUCAAUGUGUCAAUGUUUGUACAUGUCCGUAUUCAAAUUAACCGUAAAUGGAGAGAAAUUGAUGUCAUGGUGUUUUUUUGAAGUUCACCAUGAUUCUGUGCUGAAUUUCUACACGUCUUUGUUGUAAAUAUUUAGUGUUCUCUACAAUCUCAGGUGGAGCAGUCUAAGGUGCUGGUAAAGGAAGGAGGAGUUCAACUUCUUCUCACCAUCGUUGACACGCCAGGGUUCGGGGACGCUGUCGACAACAGUAACUGGUACGUCUGACUGGCCGGUUGACUAGGUGGCUGGCUGACCGACUGACUGACUAGCCUGCCCUAUAUCUCUAUAUCUGAAUGUGUAUAUUCUACAUUAAAUGUAGACACUGUUACCUAACAUUGAGUAAUGUCUGUGCUCUGCUCUCCUAUAAAGCUGGCAGCCAGUCAUCGAUCACAUUGACAGUAAGUUUGAGGAUUACCUCAACUCAGAGUCCCGGGUCAACAGAAGGCAGAUGCCUGACAACAGAGUGCACUGCUGCCUCUACUUCAUUGCCCCCUCUGGACACGGGUAGGUACUGCAGCUGGAAUGGUGCCAUUCUUGAAACACUGCUGGAGUUUAAAUUUAGUCAUGCCGCUUCUCAAACUGUGAAUAAUUCUGCCACACGGGUGAAGAAAACAGUAUUUUCCCUCUCUCAUUUGAGAUUGAACAUGAUCUUGAGGCUCUUGACUGUUCCCUAACAGGGCAGACUAGACGGGGUAUUAGUCACAGGGGAAGAAAAGAGGUGUACAACUAGCCUGAGACUGUUUACAUGUUGUUAGUUGGUCAUCCACCCUCCUGCCCCUGGUGUGGAGUCAAGCUGUCAGUCUUCAUUUAGGCCUAGCCCCACCCUCGACCCCACGCUUAACCCCUACUGGGGCUGCUGAGAGGCACACUGGGACAACAUUUACGUAAUCUGUCCUCUCCUGGGUUCACUUUGUUGGAGGCUGUUUAUCCUAUGUAUCUUGGCUCCAGUCUGUGCUCUGCUCCACACACAGCUGUCCCUGCUGUUACAUCCCCACUGUGGGCUGCUCUGUGCUCCCCAUAAACAAAGGGUCAUUUGACAGGCCAGCGCUCUCUCCAUUUGGAUGCCAGUGCUCCUCACUGUCUUGGCCCAAGGUGUCUGUAUCUCUGACCAAGUCCUUGUUCUGUUCUGGUCUCUAUCGUGCCUGGCUGGCUGGCAUCAGUCUGUGGUCAACCAAGAGGACUAGCACCGUAUGGCUCCAUUCAUAGUUAAAAUCUGUCUCUUCCUCUGUGUCCCCACGGGACUCACAGCACAUUACCAGCACAGCUGAACCCAGGGCAGAGAGCAAAGUGUGUGUGUGUGUGUGUAGGCCUAGUGUGUGUGUGCACAAACUGAUCUUUCAAAAUGGAGACUGAAACACAAUCAUUCCUCAAAGUGUGAUGAUUAAUUCUGCUCUUUUGAUCUAACUCUCUAAACAUAACGUUUAAUCUAGCCACAGCCAAGCCAGAGCAGAGACUUGUACAUGUCGGCAUGCAGUUUUAGCUCUUGUCUGCGUUCCAGGAUUCAACAUGGUUUAGAUAUCUUAGAAUCUCCUUUCACAAACAGACUGGAAUCUUUAACUCUGUAUGAAUUGUUUUCAGACAGAAGAGUCCUGUGCUGCUCAGUAGAUUUACAGUGUGUUGUGGGCCGGCCAGAUGUGCAGUUUCAGCAGCAAUGCUGCCAUGGAGAGGGAGAUUCAUUCUGGACCGGAAAUUAUGUUUUUUUAGUCCCGAGGUCGGCCAAGCUGUGAAAUCUGAGUUUUUCUACCCUCUCUCUUUCCCUCCCUCCAUCCCUCCGGUGUAGCGCCAACAAGCUUAACCUGGUCCCUUAUGCACCCUGUUAAAUUAAAGGAACUUGUUGAAACUCAAAACCGCUUUCUCCCACCUCUCCAGAUUGAAGCCUCUUGAUAUAGAGUUCAUGAAGCGGUUACAUGAAAAAGUGAACAUCAUCCCCCUCAUCGCCAAAGCGGACACAAUGACUCCUGAGGAGUGCCAACAGUUCAAGAAGCAGGUGUGUGUCGGCUCUGUAUACGUACCGGGGCCUGUGUGUUUAUGUUUUGUUUAAAAAACACAUCUUUCUCUGAAUUCAGAUGUAGACAGUUUGUGUGUGAUUAGUAGUGUAUGCAAGCUAUUCCUGUGGGAGAGAACACAUGCAAUAAAUAAGUGAUGCACAGUUGUUGCAUGUGACUGAACGAGUGUGUGUACGUGCUGAGCACAGUUCCUUCAUCCUGUGUAUUGACUGACCCUUCAGCCUGAGUGAGUAUUGCUGUUUGUGACUCGUUGGCCUAGAUGGAUACUCAACCAGAGGGGAGCAGGACUCACAUUAACUCUCUCUCUCUCUCCCUCUCUCUUUAUAGAUCAUGCGAGAAAUCACAGAACACAAAAUUAAGAUCUAUGAGUUCCCAGAGACGACCGAUGAGGAGGAGAACAAGAUGGUCAAGAAGAUCAAGGUUUGGAUUCUCCCAGUGCCCCCCCCACCACACACACACACACACACACACACACACACACACACACACACACAGCUUUUAUUCUCCAUGCCAAAGAUGGAAUUGAAUAGGACAAAAAACUUGACAUAACAAACAUGAACACACAUCACUAUCUUUAUCCCAAUCAUGAAAUGUAGUGUUUAUAGCUCUGCUGAAGGCAUAACAUAAAUCUAACACUAGUGUUUCAUCUAACACUAAAAUCCACUAGAAGUGUUUUGGCUGAACUGGCCCCACCAGCCCCAGUAUUGAUAAGAGAAGCGACUGAGUGGUUAGUUGGCUACCGUAGACACUGAGUGGUUAGUUGGCUACCGUAGACACUGAGUGGUUAGUUGGCUACCGUAGACACUGAGUGGUUAGUUGGCUACCGUAGACACUGAGUGGUUAGUUGGCUACCGUAGACACUGAGUGGUUAGUUGGUUACCGUAGACACUGAGUGGUUAGUUGGUUACCGUAGACACUGAGUGGUUAGUUGGCUACCGUAGAGCCAUACAGGCAGAAUUAGUAUUGAGUAUUGAUUAGGUCACACAAUCAAAUGUCCUCUACUGCUCCAGCACACUCUGCACUUAUUGUCACACACACAGGAGCGAACAAUCAAACACACACACACACUAAAGGUACACACAGAAACACACACAAACAACUGUUCUCAACUGUCACUGCCAUUAGAGCUGCUGUGUUGUCAAUGCACUACUUUAUCUGCAGUCAAUUUUCAAUCCAAUUGAAUAAAAAGGAGACAGCAAAGUUGACACAAAAAUGUACGUCUGCAGACUGUGUAUGUGCAUAGCCUUGUCUAACAGGUUAUUUUAAUGAGUUGUUGGUCUGCUGUGUAACGUUUGUCCCUCCCCCUGCAGGAUCGCUUGCCCCUGGCUGUUGUUGGUAGCAACACCAUCAUCGUGGUCAACGAGAAGCGGGUGCGAGGGAGGCAGUACCCCUGGGGAGUGGCGGAAGGUGAGGGGUCAGAGGUCACAGUCAGAUAAUGGCCUAGAUACACACACACAUAACAGCCUCUGGGUGUUAUUCGAUAUUAGCACCAAGGUAGUCCCACACAUCUAUGGGUUUAACUUUGAAAGGUUUAUUUGUGGAAGUAAUACAAUCUAUCUCACCCUACUAUGGGGUCAAUACAUUAUCCGGGCAACUGCACUCUGCCUAUAGUUAGUGUGUGUCUCUCUUUGUGUGUCUCUAUUUGUGUGUGUGUGUUGGGGGAAGUGCAUCUGCAGGUCAUGUUUGACUUAGAAUGACCGUUCUGCUUUUACCUUAGGGCCCUCUGUGUCUCAAUGCAAAUGCUCACAUUUCUAGUCCCAUCUACAUUUCAGGUUUCGGCUAAAAAAGGGUAUUAAAAUGUAACACUAUUCAACACUAUUCCUAUACUAAACAGUAUACUACUAGAACCAGGGUAAGUUCAGCAGCCUCCUGCCCAGCAGUUGACAUUUAGAGUUAUGUUGUGUUAUCAAUGUUCACUUGCUAUGUUAUUGCUGGCCCUGUGUGUUCCUGUGUGACCAGUUACGUCAGUCUGCUAAAUACUCAUAUCUACUGGUGACAUAAUGACCAUGGAAUGUUCUAAACACACAAAUAGAGUAGUACUGAGGUCAUAUUGCGUACUACGAAAAUGACAUUUUUUAUGUCUUAACAAACAAAAAUCAUUGAGAUUAUAUGACCGUUGCUGUGUUACAAGUUUGACUUUCACUCAAUAUAGAACAGGCCCUUUAGAUAGAGGGGUGUGUUUUGAGGAGAGUCCUGUAUGUAGCAGACAGAUGUGUUCUACUCAACAGGAUAUGUGUGUUCAGUUCUCUUUGAUGCUAGACAGACAGACAGACCGACAGGAAGCUGCUUUAGCACUCAUAAAAAAAAAAAAAAAUGCACUACCUCUAAAACCCUCCCACUUAACGCAUCCGACUAAGGAAUAUGUGCACGCAGGAAUGCAGCAGCUCACCGAGAGAGAUGAAUUGAGAGCCCCGAUUUGAAAGAGGACUGUUUCACCAUUUAACGCAAGUCUCCUGUUCGACUCUCUGCAUCUCGUCAUUUUAAACUCAAACUGACUUGAUGGGUACAAAUUGGACGUGCAUGUCGUUUUUCUUCUUGAAUACAACCGCAUGUUAUGAACGGUUGUAAAUUAGUCUGGACUGUACAGCACUGGUCUUAGUAGAGUAGACGUGUAAUGAAUUUUAGCUAUUUCUUCUGAACUUUAACCUCAUGACCCCAGCAGUCAUCGGCCCAGAGCUCAGGUCACGUACAACAAAAAAAAACACACACACGAGAAUACACUCUAACCCCAGAACUCCGGUCUUUUCCCCUCUCUGCUCCCAACUGUUUUCUACUGCUGCAUGAGUAGAUGGUCAAAUCAGUUCUACCCUAAACUCUACCAUUCAGAUACAGCUCUUUUAUUUAUUUAUAUGACCAGAUUACGAGUCAAGGUCUUUGGUCUGUAGUUUGUGUGUGUGAGGCUUUAAUUCUGUAUAAGAUAGUAGAGUUGUGUUCUCUCGACUGGAUGAAUUGUGCAGUUACUACUACAGUACCUCUGUGGCAGUUGCAUGUUACCCGCCCAUGGGGAGUGAGUUUUGGAAUACCAAAAAUGUUUCUGGCACCAUGUAAGUGUAUAAAUAGGGAGAGUGCAAGGCCACACUUCAGCUAUGUGAUCCACUCUACACACUGCAGUCAGGCAGAAACCUCAGGGGAACUAGUAUAUGUGGUGUCUGGCACCACCCUGUGGCUGCUGACAGUAUUACACCCAGGCACUCCUCCCUGUCUACUCCAUGCUGCUCUCUAGGGGAAGAUCUUAAUUGCAUACUCCUCGCAUCCUCUCUCCUCGUCUCCUUCUCAAAACCCAUUGGAUGAGAAAGCCAGAGGUCCCUCCCCUCUGACCUUCUCAUCCGAUGUGUUACGAGGAGAGCGGACAUGAGGAGUAUGCAAUUGAGGUCUUCCCUUGAGCUGUGACUAGCUCUCGAUCUCCUCUCUCGCUCUCUCCCUCCCUCCUGUGACUGCCACACACCCUUGUGGUGACUGACUACUCUAACUCUUCCUCCUCUCUCGCUCUCUCUCGCAAGUGGAGAAUGGAGAGCACUGUGACUUCACCAUCCUGAGGAACAUGCUCAUCAGGUACUGUUAUAACACACUCUGCAUUAUGGUCAUGCUCCACUGAGUGGCCUGUUUUACACUCUGCAUGAGCAGCAGCAGAUGGCAGAGACAUUAUGGUGCCAGUUCUCAGUGCGAUAUCGUUCCUCACUGCUCUCUCUGACUGUUUACAUUUUUAAAGUAUUUUUAGUGUCACUUUUUUUUUUUUUUACUCUAAAGUUUAUUGCUGUGGUUAAUUUUUGUUUAAAUAAAGUUGUAUUUGAGUGGUUCUGUUCGGUCUUCUUGUUCCAGAACCUACAUGCAGUUUAAAUAACGUUUUUUAAUUUGAUUUGAUCCAGAACCCACAUGCAGGACCUGAAGGACGUGACCAACAACGUCCACUAUGAGAACUACCGCAGCAGGAAGCUAGCAGCCGUCACAUACAACGGAGUGGACAACAACAAGAACAAGGGACCAAUGACCAAGUGAGUACUAAUCAACAGUCCACCAAAGGUUUUUAUAAGUGGUUCUGUUUCCCAUUUCUCUCCAUUCCAGGUCUUCUGGAUCAGCGUGGAUGAAGGGAAGGUGACGAGGCCCUGCACUAACGCAAUCCUCUCCCCUGAUCACAGGGACUAACAGUCACCCACACAUAGCCCACGAUCUAAUAACCCUGAACCACUGCUAAUUCACAGCCAAGCACAGAAAACCUCACUAAAAUAAUGCACCGUAAUGUCACAGUAACCACCAGCAUUUGUUCUCAUUAUCUAGCUACUAGCUCUCUAACACAUGGUCAUCAUAAUAUCAGCAUGCUAAGUGUGUAUGUUUCUGUUUUUUAGAUUUGACACAAAUGAAGGCAUGUAAGUGUCAUUUCAGUUCUUCAAGAACCUCUUAAGUUGGCUCCGUUUCUACUCUCUCUCCUCUCUGUUUUCCCCUCUGCCUCGUACAGAUAUCAGUGUUGUAUACAGAUGCUGCUCUUUAUUUUAAACUAGAGGCCCCUACCAGGUCACGAUAUGGAUGAUAUAAUUCUACGGCACUAGAAAACUGCCCAGAAGUCUUCAUUAAAUACUUGUUGGUAGAAUAGUCUCCAAUAGUCUUCCAGGAAAAUCCUAUUUGUCCUAUGAUUAGGCUCUUGCUUUUUUUUCGUGAGCUUCACUCAGCAUCCACACCAGUAGAGCUUUUUGGCAACUUGGUGUUCACUAACUCAGCGACGCAAUGGCUUGGCUUUACUAACAGACAGAUAGCUAUUGUCCUCUGUCACUGAAUCAUUGGGUCUUCCACAUCCAAGGCCUUCCUCUCCCCUGCUCCUCCUCAUCCUCCUCCAGGCAUAAGUCUAUGCAACAGAGAUGGUGACAGGAAUUUCCACCCUGGCCCAAAGUCUGAGUUUGACUACUCUGGGCUAGGGCUGGGGUGCAAGGCUUUAGCCUGAUGGAUGUUGUGUGUACGUGCCUCAACCCUGCAGGAGUCCCCUGGCCCAGAUGGAGGAGGAGCGGAGGGAGCAUGUGGCCAAGAUGAAGAAGAUGGAGAUGGAAAUGGAACAGGUGUUUGAGAUGAAGGUCAAGGAGAAGAUCCAGAAGCUCAAAGACUCUGAGCAAGAGGUACUGGAACCUAACAGAACACCUUCAGACCACUUAAAUCACUAAAACACACUCACUCACCCCAUGUUUAUUUUUUCAUGGAGCAAUCUCACUUAAAAAAGACACCAGUUUGAAUGGUUACAUUUGUAUGUUUUUAUUAGAAUCCUACAUCUAACACGCACACAGACACACUAGAUUUCAGCGAUGCAAAUGGUGCAAAUUGUCCUGUCUGCAGCUCCAGCGGCGCCACGAGCAGAUGAAGAAGAACCUGGAGGCCCAGCACAAGGAGCUGGAGGAGAAGAGACGCCAGCUGGAGGACGAGAAGAACCACUGGGAGGCGCAGCAGAGGGUGCUGGAGCAACAUAAACUAGACUCCUCCAGGUACAACACACUACUACAACUCACAUGA